CGAUACAUAGACUACCGAGUGCACGCUACCCCAUUCAAUCAUUCGAAUUACGACGCGGUUGGUAGUCGGAGAUACUUUUCCCCCUCGGUGUGUACUUUUUUGUCCCUAUCUGCGAUACUUCGACGUGUGUAGUUUAGGACCCAUAGGAACCGUGUGAAACAGAGAAAUCAAAUUUAGAAGAAAUAAGUGUGUGAUUGAGUGCUAAUUCCAAAGUAAAUCCAGCAAACCGAAAUCCAAAACCACCAAAAUGCCUUUCAAGCCAGCUGAGAACCCAAAGUGCCCCAAGUGCGGCAAGUCGGUGUACGCCGCAGAAGAACGAGUUGCCGGUGGACACAAAUGGCACAAAGGAUGCUUCAAAUGCGGAAUGUGCGGCAAGAUGCUGGACUCGACAAACUGCGCAGAGCACGAGAACGAGCUGUACUGCAAAAAUUGCCACGGACGCAAGUACGGACCAAAGGGAUACGGCUUCGGCGGUGGUGCCGGCUGCCUAUCGAUGGACUCCGGUGCCCAAUUCCAAACUGAAGGAACUAACGGGCACGUUGUAGAGCCGAAACCGGUAACGAAAGCACCCGAAGGAGAAGGUUGCCCUCGUUGUGGUGGAUAUGUUUACAUGGCCGAGCAAAUGUUGGCACGUGGACGAGCCUACCAUAAGGGAUGCUUCAAGUGCGGCGACUGUAAGAAGAACCUGGACUCGGUGAACUGCUGCGAGGGUCCUGAUCGAGAAAUCUACUGCCGAGUGUGCUACGGCAAGAAGUUUGGCCCCAAGGGUUACGGCUACGGCCAAGGUGGCGGAGCUCUGCAGAGCGACAGUAACGAUUCAUCCAGUGAGUUUACACCGAAACCAUCGGCCAUCGAUACAAGUGCCAUCAAGGCAACCCCCGGACAAGGCUGUCCACGUUGCGGUGGUGUAGUAUUCGCUGCCGAAAUGGUCUUGUCUAAGGGACGCGAAUGGCAUCGCAAGUGCUACAAAUGCCGUGAUUGUACCAAAACACUGGAUUCGAUCAUCGCCUGUGACGGCCCAGAUCAUGAUGUAUACUGCAAGACCUGCUAUGGCAAGAAGUGGGGACCACAUGGCUAUGGAUUCGCCUGCGGAUCCGGAUUUUUACAGACCGAUUGCAUGACAGAGGAGCAGUUGGCCUCCCAAAAGCCAUCGGUUCCUAUCGAUACGACCAGCAUCAAGGCUCCGGCCGGUCAAGGUUGUCCACGUUGCGGUGGAAUGGUGUUCGCUGCUGAACAACAGCUAGCUAAGGGCACCAUGUGGCACAAGAAGUGCUUCAACUGCAACGAGUGCCAUCGUCCACUGGACUCGAUGCUGGCCUGUGAUGGACCAGACAAGGAAAUCCACUGCCGUGCAUGCUACGGAAAACUGUUCGGACCUAAGGGAUUCGGAUUUGGACACACUCCCACUCUGGUGUCCACCGAAGUGCAGGAGACUCCGUUCCAUACCGAGUUUAACCCAAUGAAUGGUCCAAAGGCCAAGGACGGAGGCUGCCGCCGGUGUGGAUGCACCGUGUAUGAAGCUGAAAUGCUUAGCAAGAACCUGGUAUGGCACAAGCGGUGUUUCAGUUGUUUCGACUGCCACAAAUCGUUGGACUCGACCAAUCUGAACGACGGUCCCAACGGAGAAAUCUACUGCAAAGGAUGCUACGGUCGAAAUUACGGUCCACGAGGCGUCGGAUUUGGAAUUGGAGCUGGUGCGCUAACGAUGGUUUAAAUCCCACAUCCUACCAGAUAUAGAUUCGUUUAUUCUUUUUUCUAUUAUAAUAAUUUUUAUUUAUUAAACUAAAUGUGUAUUCUCGAGCUUCUAUAUUUUGGAAGCUUACAGACUUGAUCGCUGAUAUUCCCUUUAAAAUCCCUUUUUAAAAUGUAUAGCUCUGACCAACCAACCAAUGCGUAAGAUUUAGGAAACAACUUUGCUGCUCGACAAAAAAAAGGUCUUCAAACUAACCAUCCCUUCAAACUUCAAAAACUGUCAUCCAUUCACUACAAAACGUAAAAAAACAACAAAAUGAGCAGUGCAAAGUGUCCAGAUUUAGUGAUUACAAUUGCGAACGACCAGGACACGAACCUGCGAUCACCGUGAAAACACAAAUCAAAAACAGUAACCGAAACCGCCAAACGAAUUUAACCUGUCCCUUUUACCUUCUAUCAAGCACCCUUUUCUACCACACGAAACCAUUAUUAAUAAUUUGCUCAGCAGUAGAUAGGAAGUCCAAAAUCUUAUUAGGAAACCCCGCAGUUAGGCGAGUUAUAGUAACAGCGCGCUUUUUGAGAGAUGAAUGAAAACAGGCUAACCACCCCGCCCCCUUUCGGUGGUUCUAGCUAACAAACAUUACACAAUAACAAAUCAAACAAGUUCUACAAUAGCUAGAUAGGUUGAAUGAAUUGCAAUGAAAGAAUAACGAUCGAAUAUAUUGUUAGUUUAAGCUCUGAACCAAAGGAAAACAAAAGAAUGUGCUUGUCAUACCGUAGGAACUAGUGUGCAGCCCCUUUCCAUUUUCUUCCCUCGAGAGAAAGAGAAAAGUAAAGAUCUUGUUAUAUCACAUAAUUGAUUAUCAUCAUUACUGUAAUAGUCUGUCGUUUUUUUUUAUUAUUUUACUAUUUGCUAAUUAAUAAUACAAAACCCAAUAUACAACGCGCUAGGUUAAGUAUUACUUUCGUAACAUGUAACGAUGAUUCUUGUGUACAAUUGAAACACAAGCAUGCAAUCACACACACAAAAAAAAUGAUAUUUAUUCAAUAAAGAGAAACUGCUAAAACAAAA